AUGGACGCUGGAGGACUUCGUGCAAUGAAAGACAAAAGUUAUUCGAGUUUUGAUGAUUUCAAAGCAGAUAUUAAGGAAUUCACGGAACUGUGCAAGAAGAAACAUCCGAAUUCAAAAGAAGUCAAAAAGUCAUCAGUUAAAUUAGUCAAAGUCGUUGCAUCUGAUUUAAAAUACAUUAAACUAUGCGCACAAUGCUACAGAAAUGGGAUAAAAUCCGCAAAUUCAAUGAUUGAACUAUGCGAUCCACUCCAUUUAUUGAUAUGGGGCAAAACAGAAGGAUUCAACUACUGGCCAGCCAAACUAAUGUCAGUACAAGGGAGAAAGGCCAAUGUCAUUUAUUUUGGUGAAUUUUUAAAUGCCCAGGUAAACGUUGAAGAUUGUCUGAUUUACACAGAGAAGCGGCCAGAUAUUAAGGCAAGAAUCGUAGAAUACGAUUUGUUCAAAGUUGCAUUAAAGGAUGCUGAAAAAUACAUUUCCAAUAUCAAGGAAAAGUACGGUUUCUUUAAUUAUGCCGAGAGAAUCGUUCAUAUCAAUCCCGAAAAACUCACUGAACACUGUGAUAAUAUGAUAAAACCAAUUGAAGAGCCAGAAAUACUGACAGUACCACCAUCAGCAUCAGAACAGGUCGAUUCAACUCAGAAGCAAAAUCAUUGGAACCAUCAGCUCCCAAUCAACUUCCAGAGGAAAGCAGUAUACCACACUCAAGAGCAUCGGGGAGUGAUUUAG